UGUUUGACGUUUCAGACCAAAAUGUACUAUAGAAGUUUCAGUUUAUUUUUUAAUUGAUUACAAAGCAGUUAUGUUUCUUGCUUAGAUAUUAUUAUUAAAUUAUUAAUUGAAUUAAAAUGUAGUGAUAUAACAAAUAGUGUUUAAUUAAUUACCAUAUACAACUUCAAAAUGCUUUGUAGUCAUCUUUAUGAGAAAAGACCCUUAAAAAAGCCAAGAAUCGGGCCCCCGGAUGUUUAUCCCCAAGACCCCAAACAAAAAGAAGAUGAACUUAACGUAACCAAUGUAAAACACGGCUUCCCCUCAUCCACCCAUAUAAGUGAUGAGUUUGGUUCAGCAAGGGAUAAAAGCCACAAUGUUACUGCUGGAAAAGUUGGAGCUUAUUUUAACUCUAUCAUCGCCAGAAAAGAAGAAUUAAACACUCUGAGUGAUUCUGGAAGGAAAAAACAACAGAUUAAUCCUAAAGAUAAUUUUUGGCCUGCUACUCAACGUACUAAAGAUACCAUAAGAGCUUGGUUUAAAGAUUUAGCUGGAACUAAACCUUUGAUGAUACUAUCUAAAAAAGCACCCAAUUUUAAUAAGAAGGAGGAAAUUUUUACUACAUUAUGUGAAUAUCAAGUUCCAAUGAUGCGGGCUGCUUGGUUUAUUAAAUUAAGUUCUGCUUACACUGUUGCUGUUACUGAGGCGAAAAUGAAAAAAAGACAGUUGCCAGAUCCUACAACAGAAUGGACCGGGACUUUACUUAAAUUUUUAAAAGAUCAAAUUCCUAAGCUGCAAGAAUAUUAUUCGCAAGUAGAUAAACCUCAAAAUACUCCCGUAUCGGGAUCUAGUAGUGACACUGAACAAAGAUUAGCUGUAAAGUAUUGGAUGUACUGUACUCGAUUAUUAAAGUAUAUGUAUGACGAAGGUCUUCUUGAUAGGCAAGAAGUAUUGACUUGGAUCUUAGAGUUAUUAGAAAAAUUAAGAUCUCAACCGACUGAUGAUGGCAUUCUAAAACUAUUUUUACCGUUAACCAUGCAAUACAUGGAUGAAUUCGUUCAAUCCGAGCUAAUGUCGCGUCGAUUAGCUUAUUUUUGUUGUAAAAAAUUAGGCUAUAUGCUUAACAACGUCGCUGAAUCUAAUUUAAUCACAUCCCCUCAAGGUGAUGCCACCAAACCGGAACAAAAAGAUGCUGAUAAAGAUAAAAAAGAAAAUGUUAUUGUUAAUCCAAUUCAAAGUACAUUAAUGGAAUAUCAAAAUUGUCCUCACCAUAAAGAUAUAAUUUUAGAAUUAUCGUCAAUAAUUCAUUGCAUAAUUUUGGAAUGUCCAACUGCUUUGGUUUGGUGUAGCACAGGAAAUGGAACCAUGUGGCACGGGUCGCCAUUAGAUUUACUCCCAAUUCCACCUUCAACCCUUCCAAUGCCCGUUAGAAGUGAUACUAAUUUAUACAAAAAACAAUUAAGACAAAUGGAAUACAGUAUAAGAGAACGUAGUAAAAGAGCGGAAGGAAAAUGGUGUACAGAUAAAUGGCAAACAUCUUCCGCAGGUACAGUAAUAAAUAGAGUAUUAGCAGCUUUAGAUGCGUUAGAUCGUCAUAGAUUCGAUCGAAUGGAUUCAACAAACUCUUUGGAUACACUUUAUAAUAAAGUUUUUAUUGGAGGAAGUGACCAAGAAAGUGCAGUAAUAAAACUGCUGUGUGAAUGGGCUGUUUCACCCGAAAGAACGGGUGAACAUCGAGCUUUAGCUGUUGCCGCCCUUUUAGAUCGACGUCAAAAUGAUGCGAGUUCAACAACCGAUCAAGAUGCAAGCACAACGGAUGACAAAGAUUCGAAUAGCUCAGUUCCGGGAGGUCCUCCAAUGUUUCAAUCACUACUCAUGAAAUUUUUGGAUACAGAAGCUCCGGUUCCCGCACCCGAUGAUUGUCCCCAAAAAAAGACUGCUUUUACCAACCUCGUCCAUCUUUUUUCCGAAUUAAUAAGAAGAGAUGUUUUCUCGCAUGAUGCUUAUAUGUGUACGUUAAUUUCUAGAGGUGAUUUAUUAGGGCACGAAGAAAGUUCGGAUUUAAAUCACCCGAAAUUAGAGGAUCAUCAUCAAAUGGAUUAUGAUGAUUCAAAGAUUGAUGAUGACUUGGAUAAGAUUUUACAAAAUAUUAAAGAGGAUCAACAAAACUCAAUGGACAUUCCAGAUAGCCCAAAGGAUCACGAUCACCACGGCCAUCAUUCCCACGUUCCUCAUUCAUCAUUAGGCCAUGUACCAAUGGAAACCGACCAACAUGAUCACAAAAUCAAACCCUCACGGCAUUUAUUAUACACAACACAUUUCCCGUUGUGUCAAGAUGAUCCUUUCGCUCAACACGAUUGCAAUCAAAGACACGUUUUGUUGUAUGGCGUUGGGAAAAUUCGAGACGAAGCUAGACACACAGUAAAGAAAAUGUCAAAGGAAAUAUGCAAAUUAUUUUCGAAAAAGUUUAGUAUCGAUGUUGCUGAAGGUGGGAAGGUGAAAAAACAUUCCAGGAAUGAAUUUAAUUUUGAAGCGACUACUCAAAAAUGUCAAAGCUUAAGUUAUUUCGAUCAACACGUUGUCACAUGGCAAUGUAGCGUUACCGUGAUUGAAAUGUUAAAUUCUUUUGCAACGGGAAAUUCGAAUUAUUUGCCGGUACAAGAACACGUUGCGUUCCUUUUUGAUUUAAUGGAACUCGCUUUAAAUAUUUAUGGGUUAAUCGAUGUUUGUAUUCAAAUUUUGAAAGAAUUACCAGAAGUUGAAGCUCAAUUAAUUGCUAAAAAUUCUACUUUAAUGAGAAAUUAUACCACAUCUUUAUCGUUAUAUGUCGUUGGAGUGUUAAGGAGAUAUCAUAGUUGUUUAUUAUUGUCUCCAGAUCAAACUUCCGCAGUAUUUGAAGGUCUUUGUCGAGUUGUAAAACACGUAACGAAUCCGGGUGAUUGUAGUUCAGCUGAAAGAUGCAUUUUAGCACAUUUAUAUGAUUUAUACUCUUCGUGUAGCUUAUUAAAAGGAAAACCUCACACCGUUGAACCUUUUGGUAACGCUUAUCCAAAAAUUCGCCAAGCUUUAUACACUGCUUUACAACCAACACCAAGUAGUAGUUACGUUUACAACGCUCAGUAUAUGCAAGAAGUAUUUUCAAACCCAAGGAGAGGUGGGCGAAUUGAGGCAGCUUGGGCGAGACAACUUAGUGAAAAUCCGAAUAAUAGGUAUUCUUUUGUGAGUAAUGCAAUAAUCCAUGUUUGUCGUGAAACUGAUAAUGAACGUUUAAACGAUUUGGCAAUAAUGUGUGCAGAAAUGACGGCUUGUUGCAAUACUUUGGCAUCUGAAUGGCUUGGGGCUUUAUUAGCUUUAUGCUGUCCAAUGUCGCAUCCCGGAUACUAUACUGAUGUUUUAGGACAGUUGGAUAUCCAGGAUGUUAGCAUACACAAUGCAUUAGCUGUUUUUACCAGCAUCUUAAUCGCAAGACAUUGUUUUUCAUUAGAAGAUUUCGUAGGAUUACUAGCCUUGCCAAGUUUAGUAAAAGUAAAAUCUUUAGAUAGCGGUGUAGGAGCUGCAGAAAGUGGAAUUCGUCUAACAUGCCACCUUCUCCUUCGCUUAUUUCGUACAACGGAAGGUCCGCAACCAGGGUUAUAUUCAGUAGGCUCUCCUCCAUUAACGGCUCCACGACCACCUUUGGGUGUAAGAUAUAGUUGCGAUAGACAUCUUUUAGCAGCCGCUCAUCGUAACAUACAAGUAGGACCGGUAUUGGCAGUUUUAAAAGCUGUCUUAAUGGUUGGAGAUACAACGGCGAAGGAAGGUACAGAAUUAAGUAUAUCACACAUAUUAGGAACUAGCGAUUUAUUGGGAGGUGAAGAUGUUCCAUCUUUGGAUUUGACGGUGAUAGACAUGGAUGUUUGCGGGUCGAGGACAACCCAUAGUAGACAAUCGAGCACCGGAAAUGCGGAGAGCACGGCUUCUCUGUCGGCAUUUGCAUGCCAUGUGCUACGGGAGAUCUGCUCUCAGCAGUGGGUGCUGGAACGGUGCCUAUGUCAUCCGGAGGAGCUUUGUCAUAACGAUAACCUCCUCGACAACGUUUUAACCCACAAUCAAGCGCAACGUUUACUUCAUAUGAUUUGCUAUCCAGAUACAAGUUCAACAAUUGAUGAAUUGGAUCAAAAAAGUAUGAUUGCAAGAAUUUUAGAGAAUUUAGAACAAUGGACUUUAAGAAUGUCUUGGCUAGAUCUUCAAUUAAUGUUUAAACAAUUUGCAAGUAAUUCAUCAGAAUUAAAUCAGUGGUUGGAUACUGUAGCAAAAGCGGCUAUUGAUGUUUUUCAACUAAACAGUACAUGUUCAUUACAAAACCUUGACGAUAAAAAAUCCGAAUCGAAAAGCAAAAGACAAGAUUCAAUUUGGUUGGUAGCCCCUUUAGUUUCUAAACUUCCGAGUGCGGUGCAAAGUCGAGUUUUAAAGGUUGCUGGGCAAGUAUUAGAAAGCGGCGGUUGGUGUAGAGAUCCGAAAACGACCAGGCGAUCUUCCGGUGAUAAUCAGAGUUUGUUGAGUCACCAACCUUUUCUUAGUUUGGUCUUGACUUGUCUUAAAGGACAAGAAGAAGGACAACGAGAAGGAUUAUUAUCUUCGUUACAUCAACAGUUAUCUCAGUUGGUUGUGUUGGCCAGAGAAGGAAAUUUAUCUGAUAUAAUAAAUAAUGAACGUACAUUAGAUGGAUUACAAUUACGAUUUGCUUUAGUAGGAGGAGUUUUUGACGCUUUCCAGAAAAAUAUGUCGGUUACAAUCGAUUGGGCGUUACUUUUAGUACAAUUAGUAACAAACGGCCUUAUAGAUCUCCAUACACAUAGUGAAUUAUUUACUACUGUUAUUGAUAUGUUAUCGACUUUGGUACAUUCAGCUUUAGCAACAGAUAGUCAGGAGGAUAGCCGAAAAAUGUAUUUAAAUUUAAUCAAAAAAUUAAAAAAGGAAUUAGGUGAUAGACAAACUCCCUCUUUAUUACAUAUAAGACAAUUACUACCAUUACCAAGGUACGUAAAUGAAGUGAUUACUGUUGAACCAUCUGGUAUCUUAACAGACAGCAAAGGAAAUAAGAUUAGUUUUGAUAGUAUUGACAAGAAACACGGACUUUCAGUCUCGGAUCAUCAAAAAGUAAGCAGUUGGGACGUCUUAGAAGGAAUGAAAAAUCCAGCUCCGCUAUCUUGGUCUUGGUUCGGCGCCGUCCACAUCCAACGUCAACCAUUAGCUUGCGAAGAAACCCAUCGUUUAUUGAAAUAUCACACACACAGCUUAACAAAACCGUCUUCUUAUUAUCUUGAACCACCGCCUCUUCCACCUGAAGAUCUCGAACCAUUACCUGAUAAAUCCGAGUCUGACCUGAAGGCUGAUACCCCGUCUUCUGUGGACCAGAGCCCUUUGGGUGCAUUCCCCGGAUCCAAAGGACGAGGAAAAGGACAAAAGCGGAAGCCGAAAAAAGGAGCACCCGGACAGAUGCCUGUUACGAGUAUGACGAUGGGGCAACAACACAUGGGGCAAGUUCAACCGAAUAUGACUGGAAUGCAGGGGGUUCAACAACAAAAUCCUCAAAUUCAACACAUGGGAAAUUAUGGGCAAGGACCUGGAGGGAUGCAACAACCGCAGCCUAAUCAACAAUUUGCUGCCAAUCCGAAUCAACAACAGUGGUAUAAUCAACAAACUUAUUAUCCCCAACAAAUUAAUAAUGUGAAUCGUUUUGAACGCCCACAACAAAUUAAUCCAUCAAAACAAGCUCUCUCUAAUAUGUUAAGACAACGGCUUCCUCACACUCAAUUUAUGCCCAAUCAAUCUCAAACCGGUCCUAAUCCUCAAGCUGCUGGUUAUGGACCGAUGCAACGACACGCUUUUCCAAGACAAUCAUUACGACAGCAACAUCCAUCAGCUAUGCAAUCAAAUCAGGCAAUGUUCCAACAACCCUACAGUAACAUCCCCACAGGAAUGAACCAAGCUUACGGUAAUUACCCAGCUACUCAAUCCCAAAUGAUGGCGAAUACAAUGCAAACUAACCAACAAAUGAUGCAACCCAAUCAAGCGACGAUGUACGCAAGUCAACAGCAAGGUUUUACCCAACCAAGAGGUCCCCAACCUGAUUAUAGAGGAAUGGGGCAAACACCGCGUCCUAAUUACAUGCAACAAGCACCCAAUGUGACCAUGAAUCCUAAUAUGAACGCGAUGGGUCAAAUGGGAGGUGGAGGGCAAGGCGGUCCAGCUCCACCAUAUUCCCGCGGAAACGCUCAAGUUAUGCAAAAUAACGCUAUGCAACAACAAAAUCAAUUCCAACAACAACAACAGCAAAGAAUGCGACAAAUGAUGGGGAUGCAUCAAGGGGGGCCUCAAGGUCAACCAGGAUUGGUCGCUCAUUUACAAAGGGGACAAAUGAAUCCUAAUCCGUACCAACAACAACCACCACCCUAUAAUAUGGGAUAAUAUAGAAAGUUAAAGAUCUAAAAUGUGUUCCAUGGUGUAUCAGUAUUGUAUGAGAAAUUUUGAAGGAAUUCUUUGAUGCUAUGUGUCUAUUUUAAUAAAAUUAAAACAAAUUCAA